AUGACCAGUUUAGAGGAAGUAGGCAAUGCGUUUCCCAACUGUUCACUAUACUGGGACAGUUAUGUUAGCGUUAAAUUCCUGGAAACAUGUCAGGUAGAUCGACUGGAACCGAUUGUGUACCCCAGUUUUGCUCGCCUUUAUGUCUCCAUUUCUCUCUCCGUCCUUGGCGCCUUUUUUAAUCUUUGGGCUCUCAUACUCCUCCUGUUGGACUAUCACAGUUCCCACUUAAAGUACAAUCAAUCAAAAAUUCAUUCAAAAAUCUCAACCGCUGGAACAAAUCACAAAGUUCAACACACUAGCUCGAGGCGAACUACCAUGCAAAUCGGACUCAUCAUAUUCUGCCUUUUUGAAGUACUUUACCAUGCCGCUUCUUCUAGUGGUGAAGUGAUCAAUCUCAUUACAUACGAUAAGAUAAAAAAGGGAUCCCUUCCUGUCCCUGUUCAUGGAAGGCUCACGUAUAUUUACUCGGUACUACCUCAGGUGUGCAGCUUUUUCAAUUGGAUUCGAGACACGGGAAUUUGUGGCCGCAAUUGGGCAAUCACAUUAAUCACAAUUGCAAGAGCCGAAGUGGUCAUUUGGCCACUUGCUUCACGUUGUUAUCAGAGAUGUUUACGGCAAAAACGCUUCUUCCUCCUUGUGUUUGCUUUGUUUGCUCUCACCGGUCUAUUUAUAUCGGGAGCACGUCGAUUUGAUCAGAAAAUUAGUGUCUGUUACAGCAAGCGGCUCUCCUCCUAUUGCGUCUUUUCAGAAGUCUUCCUUCUAGCAAAUUUUAAACAAUUUUCUGCUGUCUACUUCUCCUUUCAAACCCUGCUUCCAUGGAUGCUGAUUUUAAUCUUUACAACUCUUAUCAUCUUUCAACUUAAGCCAUGCAAAAAGCACACAGAAAAUUCAAUCCGUCGUCCAACUAGUAAAUCUGGAGGCAGAGACAAUCACCUUCGUGCUUCAAUUGCAGUAACCGUUAUUGCGGUAUUCUGUACCAUAUUUGAAUUUCCAACAUUUGCUCUCUCAAUGUACUACAUUGCGAGUGAUCCGCAUGAAGCCCUUGAGCUGUGGGAUACAAUUGCAAAUACUCUCCUUCAAAUAGACUCAAUUGCCAACUUCUUCCUCCUCAUCAUCACUAUGCCAUCGCUACGAAGACGUCUGCGAAAAGCCUUUCCAGCACACGUCCAUUCGAGGGAAUUUAGUGCACCCGAGCCCCGGACUAUUGUUGCAGACUCGGACAUUGUGUCCAAGGCUAGAGACUGA